GUCCAGAACCAGGGGCCACAGUUUAAGAAUAAGGGGUUGGCCAUUUAGAACGGGGUGGAAGAAAACUUUUUUCACACAGAGGAUGUGGAAUUCCCUGCCUCAGAAGGAAAGGGUGGCCAAGCCUCCGCGUGCUUUCGAGAGAGAGUUAGAUAGAGCUCUUAAAGAUAGCAGAGUUAUGGGGAUAUGGGGAGAAGGCAGGAACGGGGUACUGAUUGGGGAUGAUCAGCCAUGAUCACAGUGAAUGGUGGUGCUGGCUCGAAGGGCCGAAUGGCCUCCUCCCAUUGUCGAAUCCUUUUCUCCUGAGAUGCUGCCUGACCCGCUGAGUUGCCGCAGCAUUUUGUGUCUAUCUUCUGUGGUGAAUGUCCUGAGAGGCCACAUGCUGUGGUUACUGUGUGACCAAUACAUCUCUCCCCGACAGUGAUGAACACCGUCAGCUGGUUUGGACGUAGUCCCGUGGGCUUUUCUGGAGUGCCCCUGAGCCAGGACGUCUACCACAAGCUCAUGACGGAGAACGGAGGCCGUGGACUGAAGGUGGACAGCCUACCUGUUCAGGGGACCAGUCUGAGAACAACAUCCGGAACCACACCAACUGUGGGGCUCAUCCUCAGGCUCAUCGGCUCCGAGCGCCCUGAUUCGAUACUUGCCGCGACCUAUCCAUCCCUCGUGGCCAGUGUUGGAGCUGCAACCUCCAGGGAUGCCCUGGGAUUAAAGCACCAGCCAGCCACACAGAGGGCACUGGCUGUUGGCAGCCCUGAUCCCUCCUCAGGGCCAGGCCUGACCACCACGGCAGAGUGGACGCUAUCUGCAAUCCAGGACCAGGCGUCAGAUAUAGCCCCAGCGCCACAGGCCAAGGUAGGUCAAAAGAUUCUAAAUAUCCUAACAGCGUCGGUUUUAAUUGCUAAUGGAAGUGGAUGUCCAGUUGCAAGCCCCUACACUGCCCCUGUGGUCUACGGAACUGUUAGAUCAUGCACACAAUUUGCAAACUCCAAUUCCUUACAGCCCGAUGAACUCUCGAUUGGAACGCCGCAGAGUUCUCCAGCUAAUUUCCAUUUAGCCGGACUCCACACGGACAGCAGCUGA